GGGAAAGCCAACCACCACGGCUCACCCUCAGCUCAUAAGAGACUCUAUAAAAGCAACCACCACCUCAUUCCAUGUAUACCCUGUCAACUACUUAGCUAGCUGCUUCUUUUAACACCUUUGUAUCAUGGCAUUGAAGUCUUAUCACCAGGGAAGAUGCAGUGCAGUGGCUUUAGCCGCUGCUCUCCUUGUAUCCCUGAUCUUGGUCGAAACAGUUCACGCUGCUACUUACACCGUCGGUGACUCUUCCGGUUGGGAUUUUAGCAUGGGAAACUGGGUGAAGGGGAAGAAAUUCAAAGCAGGGGAUGUACUUGUUUUCAACUAUGAUCCCUCUGUUCACAACGUGGCGGUGGUUGAUGCAAAAGGGUACAAGAGCUGCACAGCAACUUCAACCUCCACAGCUUACAACAGUGGGAAAGACAAGGUCAAGUUGUCCAAAGGCCGCCAGUUCUUCAUCUGCACCAUUCCGGGCCAUUGCGACGGCGGCUUGAAGAUUGCAGUCAAUGCUUCCUAGAUACCAAAACUCUCUCUCUAUCUCUCUCUCAUCCUUGAUCUGCAUGAUUUGUACUGCUUUGGUUAUCUUGUGUUCUGUACUCUCUAUGUCGAUGUUGGAAUAAGCAAUGAUCGAUGCCGGUGAUGAGAGGGAAA